AUGGAAGCCGAGCCGCAGAAACUCAGCCUGAAGCGGGAGGUGGGGCUGAUGGGGGCUGUGUCACUGAUAGGGGGGACAAUGAUCGGAUCUGGGAUCUUCAUGUCUCCGCAGACGGUGAUCUCCUCCRUCGGCAGCCCCGGGGCCAGCCUGGUGGUCUGGGCCUGCUGUGGCCUGCUGGUGAUCACGGUGUCUUUCUGUUACGCCGAGCUGGGCACCGUCAUCACAGAGUCGGGAGGAGAGUACAUCUAYAUCCUUCGGACGUCGGGCCCAGUCGUCGCCUUCAUGCUGGUGUUCAGCUCAGUGUUCUUCGUCAGACCAGCCGGCGUUGCCGGCAUCGCCCUGAGUUUCGCUCAGUACGUCGUGGCUCCUUUCUAUUCUGAGUGCACCCCUCCCGUGCUGGUGGUGAAAUGCGUGGCAGCAGCUGCCAUCAUAGCCUUGGCUGUCGUCAACUGCAUGAACGUUCGCUUUUCUAUGUCGGUGCAGGUGUUUUUCAUGGUGGCCAAAGUUGUGGCCUUGGGGGUCAUUAUCGUCGGAGGGGUGGUGAUGCUCAUCGGGGGCCACACCGGGAGCUUCGAAGACUCCUUCCAGAACACAAAUGUUGGUAUCAACCCCAUCGGUAUCGCUUUCUACCAGGGACUGUGGUCGUACGACGGCUGGAACAAUCUGAACUACGUGACAGAGGAGCUGAAACGUCCCGAGGUAAAUCUUCCCAGAGCGCUGGUCAUCGCCAUCUCUCUGGUGACCGGUUUGUAUCUGCUGGUGAACGUGAGCUAUCUGACGGUCAUGACGCCCAAGGAGCUGAUGACCUCCAAUGCUGUCGCCGUCACCUGGGGGAACAAAGUUUUGGGCUCCUGGGGCUGGAUCAUGUCGGUUGCUGCAGCUCUUUCUGCUUUUGGAUCUCUGAACGGGACAUUCUUCAGCGGGGGCCGAGUCUGUUUUGUAGCGGCCAGAGAAGGACACAUGCCAGACAUCCUCUCCAUGGCCCACGUCCACCGGCUGACUCCAUCUCCGGCGCUCAUCUUCACCACCCUCGUCUCCCUGGUGGUGCUGAUCCCCGGAGAUUUUCAGAGUAUCGUCAACUUCUUCAGUUUCACAGCCUGGAUUUUCUACGCCAUCACCCUGUCCGGACUCAUCUACCUCAAAAUCAAGAAGCCGGAGCUUCCCAGGCCAUUCAGCGUUCCAAUAAUCCUCCCCUUCCUGGUCCUCAUCGCGGCGGUGUUUCUGGUGCUGGCUCCGAUAAUUGACGACCCUCAGAUCGAAUAUCUUUAUGUGACUUUAUUUAUUUUAAGCGGAGCUGUGAUCUACGUUCCCUUCAUCCAUUACAAACUUUGCCCGGGACUGUUGAGCAGGGUGACCACGUUCCUGCAGCUCUUCCUGGAGGUCGCCCCGGCAGAGAAAAACCUGUGACGAGUUUGACUUCUGCAAAGCAGUGCAGAAAACCAGAACACGUGUUUAUGUGGAGUGGGUUUGCACAGAUGCACUUAAUUGUUUAUUAGAAUUUAGGAGAUUUUAUUUAGAAAAUGAAUAAAUUUACUAAUAUGAAUUCUUAUAUAUUUUUAUAUUAAUGUUUAGAGACA